UGCCGACUCAAAGCUCACAGACUCGCUCGGCGUCUCAAACCGCCAUUUUGGAGUCAGAGAACCGAGAGUCGGCAGCAGCGAAGAGAGAGACGAAAAGGGGGACACGGGGCCGAGGGGGCUUUCACCUUUGUUUGAUCUUUAAUCUUGGAAUCAAGAAUAAUGGCGUCCCUUACUGAGAAGUAAAAGUUGCGGCCCUGCUGGGCAGAGGUGUCUGUGUUGCAUGGCGUCAGGGCAGGGUGGCCGGCCGGAGGUUGGAGCAUCAGGGAGCUCUGCCCUGGCCAAACCUCUCUACCUGCAGCGCUUGGAGAGAACCCUGAGGUUGGACAGUUUCCUGCGACAGACCGCCGCCAUCUUCAACGGAGACAUUACCAGUGAUGACAGUGAUGACAGUGACGGUGCAUUGGGGACGGGCUUGUCCCUGGAUCCCUCUACUCAGCAUACAGCUUUGAGUGUGAAGAGUGAGCCAUGUGAGCAAGGGGAUGGGCUUGCAGAGGGAAAGCCCCUAAACGGGGUUCUGCUGCAAGGAAAAGACCAAAAGGCAGAUAAAACUAGCUUCUACAAUUUCUCCAAGCUGAAGAAGAACAGGAAAUGGCUCAAGAGUAUCCUGUUGAGUGACGACACCACAGACUCAGACACAGACUCAGAUGACUCUGACUUCAGUUUGUCUCGGGAGGAACUUCAUGACAUGCUGAGGCUACAUCGCUUCACCAGGCAGCAUCAGAGCAAGUUCCACUCUGACCGGGAGCUUCACCAAUAUCAAUACUACAGCACAGGACUCCUCUCUACUCAUGACCCCUUCUAUGAGCAACAGCGCCACCUACUGGGCCCAAAGAAGAAGAAAAUCAAAGAUGAGAAGAAAUUCAAGGCCAAACUUAAAAAGGUGAAGAAAAAGAAAAAACGGGGAGAAGGAGAGUUUCUGGAUGAGGGGCGUCCUUAUGUCACUAAGAUCUUUGCAAAGUUUUCCCAUGAUGCUCCGCUUCCCAUGGUGAAGAAGAAGCAUCUCACCAUUGAGCAGCUGAAUGCACGGCGACGUAAGGUCUGGCUCACGAUCGCAAAAAAGGAGAUCCCCAAGUCUUUUAAGCAGAAGACGUCUGCAAAGAACUUGGUGUUGACCAAUGCUAAAAAGUUGGCUCAUCAGUGCAUGAGAGAGGUUCGACGUGCAGCUAUCCAGGCCCAAAAGAACUGCAAGGAGACGUUACCUCGUGCUCGUCGCCUCACCAAGGAGAUGAUGCUUUACUGGAAGAAAUAUGACAAAGUGGAGAAGGAGCACAGGAAGAGGGCAGAGAAGGAGGCCCUGGAGCAACGUAAACUGGAUGAAGAGAUGAGAGAAGCCAAACGUCAGCAGCGUAAGCUGAAUUUCCUCAUCACCCAGACGGAGCUGUAUGCUCAUUUCAUGAGCGGUAAAGCCAGCAUGGGGAGUCCAGAGGGAGAUACAGCUCAGGAGGAAAUUCUGAGAAAGCUGGAAGACACUGCAGCGCAGAGACAGAUUGACAUUGGAGGAGGCGUAAUGGUCAACAUGGGACAGGAGGACUAUGAUAGUGAACACUACAAGUCCCAGGCCUUGAGGAAUGCCCAAGAAGCCUACCAGAUUCAUCAAGAGAAAACGCGGAUGUUUGAUGAGGAGGCUAAGGACAGCCGCAGUGCGUCGCUACAUGCAGCUUGUGGCUCAUCCUUGGGUGUCGGCUCUGGCUUUGGAGAGAGCUACAGCCUUUCCAACCCAUCCAUCCACGCAGGUGAAGACAUUCCUCAGCCCACCAUCUUCAACGGCAAACUCAAGGGUUACCAACUGAAGGGCAUGAACUGGCUGGCCAACCUCUAUGAACAGGGAAUCAAUGGAAUCCUGGCAGAUGAGAUGGGACUGGGGAAGACGGUCCAGAGUAUAGCCCUGUUGGCACACCUGGCAGAGAGAGACAACAUCUGGGGUCCAUUUCUGAUUAUCUCUCCUGCAUCCACACUCAACAACUGGCACCAGGAGUUCACCCGCUUUGUGCCCAAAUUCAAGGUGUUACCAUACUGGGGGAAUCCUCAUGAUCGCAAGGUGAUUCGAAAAUUUUGGAGCCAGAAAACCCUUUACACACAAAACGCACCAUUCCACGUGGUGAUCACAAGCUACCAGCUGGUGGUCCAGGAUGUCAAGUACUUUCAGAGGGUCAAGUGGCAGUACAUGGUUCUGGAUGAGGCCCAGGCACUGAAAAGCAGCACCAGCGUUCGGUGGAAAAUCCUUCUGCAGUUCCAGUGUCGAAACAGACUGCUGCUCACUGGGACGCCCAUCCAGAACACGAUGGCUGAGCUGUGGGCCCUGCUGCACUUCAUCAUGCCUACGCUGUUUGAUUCCCACGAAGAGUUUAACGAGUGGUUCUCCAAGGACAUUGAGAGCCAUGCUGAAAACAAGUCGGCCAUCGAUGAGAACCAGCUUUCCAGACUGCACAUGAUCCUGAAGCCUUUCAUGCUGCGCCGAAUCAAGAAGGAUGUGGAAAACGAGCUCUCAGACAAGAUUGAGAUCCUGACAUACUGCCAGCUGACAUCGCGGCAGAGGCUGCUCUACCAGGCUCUGAGGAACAAGAUCUCUAUUGAGGAUCUGCUGCAGUCCUCCAUGGGCACGGCCCAGCAGGCCCACAGCACCACCUCCUCCCUCAUGAACCUGGUCAUGCAGUUCAGGAAGGUGUGUAACCACCCUGACUUGUUUGAGCGCCAGGAGACACGCUCUCCUUUCCACAUGUCUCUCAAGCCCUACAUCAUGUCGAAGUUCCUCUACCGUCAUGGCCUCGUCCACGCACACAGACAGGCCAAAAACAAAUUACUUCAAGUGCUGUUGUCUCCCUUCUCUCCAAAUCACAUCCAGCAGUCUCUUUUUCACAGAAAAGGUGAUGACAAAGGAAGCUGUUUCUCCUUCCUGCGGUUCAUCGACGUGUCACCAGCUGAGAUGUCCAAUCUCAUGCUGCAAGGCACCUUAGUGAGAUGGUUAGCUCUUUUUCUGUCCCUCAAAGCUGCAUAUCGGCUCCGCUAUCAGCGCCUGUUUGGCCUUGAGGGAGGUCAGGAGGAAACCAGAGACUUGCAGGGGGGCGAAGGGAGGUCACAGCCCAGGAGUAAGUGUCUGUCUCACAAGGACCUCAUUCUGUGGCUGAACAGACCCACCAGUUUCCCAAACACGCACACCAGCCCUGUCCUACAGGACCUGGUGUUCACAGCAUUCAGGCCCGGUAUCCUGGGACACACAGACGUGAUGAUACACAGUCGAAACUCUGCCACCUCCUCGCUGCGGCCUUGUCAGCCCACAUUGCCACCAAAGUUCCUGCUAGCUGCCACGCCCAGGGUGACAGCAGUUCCCAUGGAGCGUUAUUGUGACGACCGUAGUGCAGAGUACGAGUGGCGGGUGACACGCAGUGGAGGGGGCACAAUCUUCAAACAGUGUUUCCUCUACGGCUCCCCUCAGCUUGCCUCAGACUGGUGUACGAGGGCCAGUGCCUUCCACCCACAAUGCCCCGGGGGUAUGAUGGCUCUCUACCCACGACAUGGAUGGUCCUUUAUUCGGAUACCUGAUAAGGAGAGCCUGAUCACAGAAAGUGGCAAGCUCCACACUUUGGAUAUCCUGUUGAGUCGGCUAAAGGCUCAAGGACACCGAGUCCUCAUCUACUCCCAAAUGACUCGCAUGAUAGACCUGCUGGAGGAGUACAUGGUUUACCGUAAGCACACCUACAUGCGUCUCGAUGGAUCCUCCAAGAUUUCCGAGCGCAGAGACAUGGUGGCUGACUUCCAGAGCCGGACAGAUAUCUUUGUCUUUCUGCUGAGUACAAGGGCUGGAGGGCUCGGCAUUAACCUGACUGCUGCUGACACUGUCAUCUUCUAUGACAGUGACUGGAACCCCACAGUGGACCAGCAGGCCAUGGACAGAGCUCACAGGCUGGGUCAGACCAAGCAGGUCACUGUCUAUCGCCUCAUCUGUCAGGGUACCAUCGAGGAGAGGAUCCUGCAGAGGGCCAAGGAGAAGAGCGAGAUCCAAAGGGUGGUGAUCUCUGGAGGCAACUUCAAACCAGACACACUCAAACCCAAAGAGGUGGUCAGCCUGCUGCUGGACGAUGAUGAGCUGGAGAAGAAAUUACGUCAGAGACAGGAGGAGAAGAGGCAGCAGGAGGAGAGCAGCAAGGUGAAGGAGCGCAAGAGAAAGAGGGAGAAGUACGCCGAGAAGAAGAAGAACGAGGAGUCGGAGAACAAGCGGAAAAAGGAAGUGAACCUGGUCAUCUCUCAUGCACCCUCAGCCGACAACUCCAACCUCUCUGCAGAUGGAGAUGACUCCUUCAUCAGCGUGGAGAUGGACUCGGCCAUGCCCAGUCCCUUUAGUGAGAUCUCCCUGAGCAGCGAGCUCCAGCCCGGCUCGUUGCCCCCAGAUGCCGACGCAGAUGAGAGCAGCAGUGACAUGCUGGUCAUUGUGGACGAUCCGGUGUCCUCUGCGCCGCAGUCUCGUGCCACCAACUCCCCCUCCUCUGUGUCUGGGUCUGUCUCCGACAACAUGAAUGGUGUUUCAGCCUCGGACACUAUCAGUCCCGGCAGAGGCAGGUCUGGGCGGAGUCGGGGGCGGCCUAAAGGAUCAGGAGGCGGGCCCAAGUCUGGGGGGAAAGGACGCGGGCGCAAGUCAACAGCGGGCAGCGCGGCAGCCAUGGCAGGAGCGAUGGCUGGUGCGGCAGCUGCAUCUGCAGCAGCGUAUGCUGCCUACGGUUACAGUGUUUCUAAAGCAGGCCUCUCUACGUCCAGCCCCCUGCAACCUUCCCUUGGCCGGUCCGGUACCAGCCCCGCCUUCAGCCCCAACAACAGCUCCUCUCCCCAGGCCAAAGUAGCCGCCUCCACCCCGAGCCCCCACAAACAGCUGGCUCACAGCCACCACCACAGCAGCCACGGUGCAGUCAGAAAAGGCAAGGGCCCUGGAGGUCCUGGGGCUCGAUAAUGCACUCAUACAUACAUGAAUGUGCCCUCACACACGCACAACUGUCUCUAGAACACACACACACACACACACACACCGAUAACUGACCUACUCUCACUGUGAUCCCCACAGACGCCCUACGUUCAGACUAAUGAAUAGAGAAUACAAUAUAUGUAGUUACAGAUGCUCACCACCUGAACAACCAUGGCUCAAAAGCUAAAAAGACCCUCUUAACACACACACACACACACAGUCAUUUAAAGGUACAGUCCCCACCAGCCUCUACAUUACUUGGUUCAGUUGUAUUUUAACGUCUCCAGGCCAGUGAACAAAAUCUGCCUUGAGUAUUUUGUUUUCCGUUGUGACAAGAGUGUUUCCAAGUGCUUUUUGAGAAGACAGACUGUACUUUUCUAUUCAUGGCAGGAAACUCUUGAUUUGCUACCUAGCUGUGAUAUUGCAGCACAGACGUGAACCGACACAUGUAGCGCAAAGGGCUUCGAAAUCCUUGUGAUUGCCAGGGUAGGGAGGCAAAGGAGUUUCUGUCAAAUGCACUGAGCCACGUCUUCCCUUUUUUGAUGUUCUUGAUUCUCAUAUGUGUACAUAGGUUAUUUAAUUGUUCUGUAGAUGUGCUCAGUGCAAACUGGUGGAUGAUUCUGCAUUUCACAGAGCUCAAUGUGAACCCAUACCUUACCAACCCACAAGUUACCAAACAAUAUGUCUACAGCUUUUCUACUAAAGCUCUUAUUUUUGUAAUGAAGAAGUGAGUGCCCAUACCAACAUGGCAGGUCUUAGCAUUUUGAAAACUUCUUGUCCAUAAAAUGUAUUCCCGUGAAGAAGGAAAUGAAAAUCGAUGAUAUAUUUUUUUGUCCCAUGGGAAAAUGAAUGAAUGGAUGAUGUAAAAAAAAAAAAAUAUUCCAAAACGAGGGGUACCGGUUGAUACGGCAAUGCUGCUAACAGUAAAUUUGUGAAUUCACUCAGAUUAUUUGGUUGUCUAAUAUUUAAGUUAUUUGAAUUAUGUUGAAUAUGGGCAAUUCACGCCAAUUGCAAAUGGGAUGUUCACCUGUAAAACAGUGUAAAUUGUACUGAAGCCAUUUUGACUUUUCAGAAUUUGUUUUUCGUGAUGAGGAGUCUGUGGUUCUCUUUGAUGUCAUUGAUGUUUUAGGGGGAAAAAAGAGGUUUGCAUCAGUGUCCUGAGUUGAGCACUACAUCUGUUAUAGGUUUGUUUGUUUUGUGUUAAUAGUGUGAUUAAAAUUUGACGUUCUAUAUUGAUGUACAUAAGGAUGAGAGCAACAGUUCCUCUGGCUUUUCCCUCAUUCGCCUGUCUAUUUUUAUAGGUCAUGUGUACAUAUGAAGAAAUGCAUCAGCCAUUUUGCUAACAGAAGGAGCCAACUGAAAAUAAAGGAGUGCUAAAUCAGUCUU